AUGUAUUGGGAACAAGUGGCUACACCAACCUACCGUAGAGUACAUGUACUACUCCCACGAUUCCGUGUCGCACAAGUCCAUUCGACUGCAGCCUCCUUUCCCGCCAUCUUCCCGGGCUCGCGUGGCACAUCGCCGUUCCUCCUCCUAGAGUACUCCCACCAGCCUCUCGUCUUCGGCCCCAUGGCACAGCAUGAGACCACGCCUCGCGGCCAAAGCUGCGUCAUCCGGCAGGACCAAAGUGCAAAAGUGUGGAAAUGUCAAAUUUCCUAG